AUUUGCAGACUGAGACACGAAGGACCCGGAGAGGCGAAGACAGACGGAACAUAGAGAACAGGAGGGGAAUCGAGAUUCGAGAGGGAAUCAGCGCCUCGUCUCCGCUCCAAACUUAUCGGCGGUGAUGCUGCGCGUGGCGGGCAAGAGGCUCCUCGGCGCCGCGUCCGGCGUCAGAGGCGGUGAGGCGGCGCCCGCGGUGGCAGCUGCUGCUGCUGCUGGGGCGGCGAGGCGGGGGUACCACGAGCGGGUGGUGGACCACUACAACAACCCGCGCAACGUGGGGGCCUUCGACAAGGACGACGCGGGCGUCGGCACGGGGAUCGUCGGCGCGCCGGCGUGCGGGGACGUCAUGAAGCUGCAGAUCCGCGUCGACGAGGGGUCCGGCAGGAUCGUCGACGCGCGCUUCAAGACCUUCGGGUGCGGCUCCGCCAUCGCGUCCUCCUCCGUCGCUACUGAGUGGGUUAAGGGCAAGCAAAUGGAGGAAGUAGUCACAAUCAAGAACACUGAUAUUGCAAAGCACCUGUCUCUUCCACCGGUGAAGCUCCACUGCAGCAUGCUCGCUGAGGAUGCGAUCAAAGCCGCCGUGAAGGACUACGAAGCAAAGAAGGGGAAGCUGGCCAAGGCAGACGAGUAGGAACACGAACACCCCACAAGAGCGUGGCCACCUCGCUGACUAGCGCUCUGGCAGAGUACUUUGCAGUGAGGGGCUUCAUGUGCUCGAUCGGCGUGUAUGAUCAUUUCUGCUAGCGAAAGAACAUGUAUAUAAACAAGAAGGGGAUGGUGUUUGCAUUGGUGGUUUCAUCGAAAUAAGUGAACCUUCUGUCGUGCAACAGCGGGGUAGUGAUACAUAUAGUAUGUAAUGUAUGUACCUCUUGUAACAUGUAUUGUACUGCGUGAGCUUCACAUAUGUGCUAAAUUAGUAAUUAUCUUCUCAGCUGCGCUA